UGGGGGUCAGGCGUAGACCUUCCCGGCCCGUGGCUGGCGGGAGGCGCGGAGGGGUUCGGUCUGGCGGGGGGAUCUCGGGAAGGCGGACCGCAGCCUGGAUUUACGCCAAGAGGAUGGCGGCGCGCGGACACGGAGCGAGGCCUGCGCGGGGCGGGCGCGGCGGCGACUGUCUCUGAGGGACCCGAAAUGCGUCCUUACGCGUGUUGCCCCAGAAUUGGGAUUUCGCAUCGAUUUAGCCGCCUGUCCACCAAAUUUGGUUUGCAGCUGCGCCGAGGGUGUACUGCCUCACGUGCUACAGAAUUUAGGUGAAAAUUAGGAAUUUUGUUUCCAGAAAAGAGAAUCCGGAGAUGCUGGGAAGCGCGUUCUUUGGGCCCUUCCCUACCCCCGCGGGGCGGUGGUCCCGGGCCAGCCCUCGUCCCUGUGUGCCUGGGUUCCCGUAUUCCUUGAUAGUUCCCGGCUUGGAUAUCUCCAUUUCUCUCUCCUUCUCCUUUCCUGGAUUCUGUGUUUUUUGAGUCCUGGAAUUGCGUUCACGGUUUUUCGUUCCAAGUGCUGUCAGUAGGACCUGGUACUUCGUGUCCGGGAGGCCCCUGAAGUCCCCUUGAGGGACAGGUGACCCGCCGUCACCUGCCCACUGCAGUUAAUGAAUGCCUGGAAGUUGGCUUCCAUACACAUUCAAAAAUGUUCCGCCACCUGAGACCUUUGAGGAGGUUCUGUCCCGAGCAGAUCCGCCCCCAUGGGUUCCACUACUCUCGGGCUUUGUCAGGAGCAGAGGCUGCCACUGCCCUAAGGCCUUUCUACUUCGCCGUCCACCCAGACUUCUUUGGACAGCACCCCAGAGAAAGGGAAGUCAAUGAAAAUUCUCUUAAGAGACUGAGUGUAUACUUAGAAAACCUCCAGAAACCAGGCUUCAAAUCUUUGAAACCAACUCAGCUUACAUUUUAUGUGAGAGAAACGGACCAGACCUCCUCAGAUGGCCAGGAGCCCUUUAGCUCCUCCGGAUUUCGAGCAGUCAAAUUUACUUUGCACACCAGAGACCUGCUAAGCACAGUAUUGUAUAUUCUCAACUCCUGCAGUUUAUCUGUGGAACAUAUCCAAAGCUCGAACACUAAUGUGCAUUCCCAGCCCCUCAGAGAAGCCAAGUGGACCCCUGACAGGCCCAUCAAAUGGAACAAGUCUUACUACUCUUUCACUGGAUUCAAGGACCCUGCCGAAGCCCUUGAGCAAGUCUCAAGAAAGGAAGCCACACUCACAUCCUGGUUAGAUAACAAUGUGAAAAUUGCUGGUAAAAAGCUAAAGAACAGUUUGCCUCUUAGAAAGGAACUAGCUCGUCUAAAAGAUGAGCUGUCAAACCUAUUGCAGCUCUCUGACAUCAGGUGGCAGAGGAGCUGGGGCGUCGCCCACCGCUGCAGCCAGCUGCACAGUCUAGGCCGCCUCGCACAGCAGAACCUGGAAACGCUUCAGAAAGCCAAAGGAUGCACGCUCAUCUUCACGGACCGCUCUGGUGUGAGUGCCAUGGGCCACGUGAUGCUGGGAACCAUGGACGUCCACCACCACUGGACCAAACUUUUUGAACGGUUGCCAAGUUACUUUGACCUGUGGCGGAAGCUGACACUCUUAGAAGACCGGAUAAGCAGGCUGUUAGGCGGCAUCCAGGUCGUUUACAUCGAGGAGCUGCAGCCAGCGCUGACCCUUGAGGAGUAUUACUCCCUCCUGGAUGCGUUCUGCAGCAGACUGCUGGAAAGCAGGGUCCCACUGCACCCACAGAGCCUCCGUGGCUUGCAGAUGACCCUGAGCAGUGACCGGUACGCACCAAGCUUGCACGAGCGCGGGCAUUUCAACAUCCCGAUGCUGGGCGACCCGGCGAACCUGCAGUGGUUCAUGCUGUCCAGAGCCCAGCAGGCCAGGGAGAAUGUGCAGAGGAGGGAGCAGUUGAAGGCCACUGAGGACAGACUGAUCCAAGCCUCUGUCCGAAAGCUGGCCCUGGAGAAGCUGUACAAGGAGCCCAGCAUUUCCAGUCGCCAGAUGGUGGCCUGCUGUGAGCGGCUGACCACGAGGCCGCGGCCAGCACUAGACAGCAUGCGCCUGUGCGUGUCACACUUCUACUCGGUCCUACAGGAUGGUGACCUGUGCAUCCCCUGGGACUGGAAGGACACGGAGGCUGUGAAGUGACACAGGAUCUGCUUGGUUUCUGAGGAGAUAAGAAAGGAACAGUUCCAUUUAUUUAAAUCCGCCAAUAAUAGGACUGUGUGUGACAUGUUCUGAGAAUAGCUGCUAACUGCUAUUGAGAGUCUUGUUAAAAAUUAAUUUGCUAGCAGAAAGACUAGGUCUUACUCUCAGCCUUGAGAUGUGGGAGGCCCAGACGAGGCUGAAGACACCAGCAGAGAAACGUGUUUAGUGAUCGAGAGGCAGGGCCCUCCAAGAAGCUGUGUGUCCCCAUGAGCGAAACGUGCCUGUGUGGACAGGGCGUGCCUGUAUCUCCACAUCACAAGGCUCGGGUCAGCACAUACCUUCACAGUCCAUUCUUGGCGUGCACACUUUGCCUGUGAGCAGGCGGGGACAGCCGGUGUAACAGACCGGCCACAGAGUUUAGAUGGGAGUUUUGCCUGAGGAUGGGGAGUGUGUGGGUUCGCAUCAUCUUGAGCAGCCCCUGCCAGUUUGUAAAGCAUCUUCGGUGACAGAGUCAAAGUUUGCCACGCAUCAUAUCUCCUACCCAUUAAAGGCGGUAGCGGGGGCUGGUGGUGAGGGGCAUACUUAGCACAUGAACAACCCCAGUGCUGUUCCCAGCACCCAAAAAAUAAAGUGGAGAUCUACCCA